UCUCCUCUCGUACAUAAUACUUCAGCUCAAGCAUAACGAACAAUUUCUAGUACUUGUUGCUCAUGUCGUUCUCGCUUGUCCGGCCAUUACUUGGGUUCAGCCCAAUCACUGCUCGUUCGAGUUUGAGCACUAUUCAAUUCUUCCACCCUCGCUCACUAUCUGUCAUUUGUCGACAACGUUUACUUCCCGCACGCGCCCAUGUGCCUCAGACAUGGGUCUUGAAUCGACUGGGCGUUACACGAAGAGGGCACUGGCACCUCCUGCCCAGCUUGCUGACAGCUACAGGGAUUGCAGGGAUCACGCUUGGCAUAGCAACGUGCACCGCGCCAACCAUUCAUUGUGACAGCAAAGGCACCCAAGCUCCCGCACCCGCUCCGCUUCCUCAGGCCCCGCCCCCCGAGUCCGCCGUCAAUCUCUAUGAAUUGACAUUUGGUACAGCAGCUGGCAUCUGCGCGGGUGUGUUCGUCAAGAAAGGUGCAAAAAUGGUCGCAUUCUGCUUGGGUGGUGUAUUCGUUCUCCUUCAAUACCUUGGGUCGUUGUCACUCGUCCGUGUUGAUUGGGGCCUCAUGGCUUCUCGAUUCGAGAACUUGUUGUAUACGAAGGACGAGUUGGGCAACAAGAGGCCACCAACUAUUUCGUCACUGUGGAGAUGGGUGGUGGACUUUUUAACAGCAGACUUUCAACCAAGGGCGUCUUUCAUUGCUGGACUUGCAUUGGGGUUGCGUGUCGGUUGAAGCGACGUUAGUAGAUUCGUAGAGGGGGGUAUCAUCCAAAUCAGGCAAGAGGAAAAAUAGCUCGCAAUUUGUCUCGGUCUUGUAGUACUU